CCUGCUCGCCAUGCUGGCUAAGCUUUUAAUGGAGGAAGUUAUUACCUUUAAUCCUCUUAGAAUCUUAACUGUUAAUGAUAUUUACUGUGAAGAUCCUUCUCCCAUUCGUGGAGGUUAUGCUACUCUUGCAACUAUGCUGAGAAUGUCUCGAGAAGAGGUUUCAAAAUCCGUCACUGUUGUAGCUGGUGACGUACUCGGAGGCUCUUCCUUAACAACCUUCUUUGAAGGGUCGUGGGUAGUGGACGUUUUCCAAGAACUCAAGGUGGAUUUCGCCUGCGUGGGGAAUCAUGAAUUUGAUUAUGGCGCAGAGGUUUUGGAGAAAUUGAUAGCUAAAUCAAACUUUAUAUGGUUUGCCGCCAACGUUCGUAACAAAGAUGGUUCGUUGCUGAAAGGCGCCCACUCCAUUUGCGUACGUCACUAUGAGGUAACCAACUCAACUGAUCGUAGAGAAGUAGUCAGUAUUGGAUUUUUCGGUGUUUGUUCCGAGGACACGCCUAAUCUUUCGUUUCCUGGAAACGAGGUUGUUUUUACCCCAGUACUCGAGUGCGUAAGGGAUCAAGUUUCCGAGCUCAAGAAUUGUCACAACGUUGACUACAUCGUUGCGCUUACGCACUUGGAUCUCUCGCAGGAUAUUGAGAUCGCUCGCAACGUUAAAGGCAUUAAUCUAAUAAUAGGCGGGCACAACCACGAGCCUUACACAUUAUUUGAAGGUGACACGAUGAUUUUUAAAGCUGGCGUCAAUGCCUACUGGUUGGGCGUGAUUGACUUAACAUUUACUGCUUCUUACAAGAAAUUUUCCAACCAAAGGAAGCUGGAAGUUUUUCAUAGCUGGUCUAUGAAGGUAAAUAUUGGCUAUGAACCCGACGUGUCUGUUUAUAAUAUUCUUAAAGAAAAGUACAAUGUAAAGGCUGAUUACGAAAGAGCGAAUGGGAUGAACAAAGUUUUAGUAUCGCGACUUCCAUUCAGGCUAGAUACCAAAUUUUCUACUGUCCGUUCGAAAAGUUGUGCAAUGGGAGGUCUGAUAGCUGAUGCCAUCCGCGCUCAAUGCCGGUCCGACUUGGCUUUGAUAAACGGCGGAUUUAUACGCGGAGACAGGAUAUACGAAAAAGGAUCGUUCAUCUCCGCAAGAGAUAUAAUAGCCGAACUCCCAUUUAAAUCAAAAGUAGUUUCGAUUCUAGUAAGCGGUGAACAACUCAAAAAUAUUCUAGAAGAGCGCCCGCCUGGCGAACGAUUGCAAGUUUUUACGGUUAACAAUGAAGACGUUGUUGAUAGGCGAAACUAUUCUCUGGGAGUCACUGUUUUUUCUCGCGGAAGGGGGUGACAAAAUAACCGCUUAUCACGGGGCUCGACGUUUAACAGAAUACAAUACGGUUUGCGAGUGCGUCAUAGAGUUUUUUAAAUCUAAUCCCUUCACUUAUCAUAAUUUACCUUGAAUACCGCCAGCCAAUCAUACAAUAAAAGUUCCUUAUAUUUUAUUACUAUAU